AUGUGUGGGCGGGCACGCUGCACGUUGGCGCGCGAGCAGGUGGCGGAGGCUGCGGGCGUCGCGCCCGAGGAGUUUGUCGAUGGCGGCAAAUACAACCCCGUGGAGAAUAUGGGACCUGGGAGAUACGGACCUAUCCUUUUGCAGCGGGGUGGGACGAAAGUGGAAGGUGAACAUAAGACGAAGACGCGGCUGCAGGCUAUGCGGUGGGGGCUGGUUCCGUCCUUCACCAAGCCAAAUGUGAAGCCAGACCACUUCCUCAUGUUCAAUGCCAGAUCUGAGAAUCUGCAGGAGCGACCGGCGUUCAAGCGAUUGUUAGAGUCGAAGAGAUGUGUGGUGCUAUGUGAAGGGUACUACGAAUGGCAACAAGUGGACAAGAGAGCAAAGCAGCCGUACUACUUCUAUCGCGAGGACAAGCUGAUGAAGUUUGCUGGCCUCUUUGAUCAGUGGAAGAGCGAAGAUGGCGAGGUGAUGUGCACCUACACCAUCCUUACAACGCCUGUGGCUCCCGAGCUAAAGUGGCUGCACACGCGCAUGCCGGUCAUUUUGUCCGAUGAAGGCGUAGAUCGCUGGCUCUCUGGCGCAAAGUUUGAGGAACUGAAAGACCUGCUAGCUUCGUAUCAAUCCGACGAUCUCAAAUGGUACCCAGUCGACAAAAAAGUCGGGUCGAUGCAGUUCCAGAGCGAAGACUGCGCCAAGAAGAUCAACAUUAAGCAUGCAGGCAACAUCAAGUCGUUCUUCGGAGUCAAGACAGAAAAGCCAGAGUCGCAGCAGAUUGAGUCGCCGAAGACUCCCACAACACAAGUUAAAGAAGAGAACGACUUUCCUAUCAGCGAGACCAGCAGUCCUCCGGUCAAGACAGAGGACGAACACGACCUCAAGCCGGAGACCACGCCGAAGAAAGAGUUCAAACAAUUCCCAGCGAAGUUCGUCCCGGCCUCGUCGCUUCUCACCAAGCGCUUCGACGAUGAAGACCAAGGCUCCCCACCUCCGCAAUCGCCCAAGAAGCGUCGUCGCGUGUCGUCCCCAGCCAAAGGACCCAAGAAGCAGACUCCUCCAGCCAAGACAAGCAAGUUGAAGUCGCCGGGCCCAAAACAGUCCUCGUUGGACUUUUUUUUCGGCAAAGCCCCCAAAUAA